AUGUUUGACCCCAGCGUUUUGGAUGUCCCAGCUGUAAUUUUUGACAGGGGGUCUGGGUUAUUCAAAGCGGGUAUCGCAGGUGACAGUGACCCAAGGUCUGUUUUUACAGCAAUUGUUGGUCGCUCAAAAGUCAAACCUACAAUGCUGGGAGCUGGGCAGAAAGAAUGUUACAUUGGAGGUCCAAAAAGAGGGAUCCUGUCUUUGAAUUAUCUAAUUGACCAUGGCAUAGUUGCAUCCUGGGAUGAUCUGGAACUGAUCUGGAGACAUGUCUAUGAGUGUGAGCUGAGAAUCAGAGCCAGUGAAAGGCCAGUGCUGCUGACUGAAGCCCCCCUCAAUCCUCUGCAGAACCGGGAAAAAAUGGCAGAGAUCAUGUUCGAAGGCUUCGCAGUGCCGGCUACAUACAUGGCAGUCCAGGCAACUCUGGCACUCUAUGCCUCGGCCCGUGUGACCGGAAUAGUCAUGGACAGCGGGGAUGGUGUGACCCACACUGUCCCCUUACACGAAGGAUACUGUUUACCCCAUGCUGUCUCCAGGCUGGAUAUUGCUGGCCGGGAUAUCACCGAAUAUCUUAUGAAGCUUCUUUUGGAGAGUGGACACACUUUUGUUAGCACAGCUGAAAGGAAAAUUGUGAGAGAUAUCAAAGAGAAGUUGUGCUACGUAGCUUUAGACCCUAUCCAAGAAAUGAAAAUAAAGCCAGAAAAAAUCAUGAAAGAAUACGAAUUGCCUGACAACAAUAUCAUCCAGAUAGGCAGCCAGCUCUUUCGUGCACCAGAGACCCUUUUCAAGCCUGCAAACACUGGAGUUGAAGCUCCUGGCACGCACAAAAUGAUCUUCAACAGCAUCAUGAAGAGUGACAUCAACGUGCGCAGGAAUCUUUAUGGCAACAUCCUGCUCUCAGGUGGGUCCACGCUCUUUUUCCCCAGCCUGGAGGAACAGAUCCUGAAGGAGAUGAAGAUGCAAAUGCCUGCUGGCAUGUUUGUGAGGAUCAUUGCACCCCCCAAGAGAAAAAACUGCAUGUGGAUUGGGGCCUCCAUCCUCACCUGCCUGGCACCUUUCAGAAAGAUGUGGGUCACCGCGAGCAAUUACUGGGAUUUUGGGGCAGCCGUCAUUCAGUGAAAGUGCUUUUAA